UGCCUGCACUGCGCGCCGCCUGUUGCACUCACUCACAUCACCACCAUCACCGCUGCUGUUGUGAGCGUGGAUGCUGACGCGGCCACCACACGCCUUUGCCGCCAGGCUGCCCUGCGACCGGCGUUCCAGAUGAACCCCCGCCACCCCAGCUCCUCCUUAUCCUCCUCUGGCAUGCAAUGGCUUAACCAGAGAGACAUGAGUGUCCGGAGCGGGGACGGCGUCUCGUUGUGCCAAAGGGCUCUGGAGAUUGUUACGGACCUUUGCCUCACCGGACACGUCGAUCGGGAGAAAUGCACGGAUAUUUUCCCCUUGGAGAGCAGCAACAUACCAGAUAUCUCAAUCAGCCUCCUAGCUGUGGUUGUGGGCUUCUGCGUCCUCGCCUUGCUGGUGGUGUCCCUAUUUGUCAUUUGGAAGCUGUGCUGGCCUCUCUGGAGGAGCAAGGCACUGACGGCACACGGAGGAAAUGUGGGGCUUCGUGUCGCCUUUCCAGAAGCGCCUCCCCACAACUCACCACCUUUGCCCGAUAAGGCAGGGCCGGUGGUGGGAGAAGAAAAGAAAAAGCACUCGCCCGAGGUGAAGGUAAAUGGCCGGAGCUCAGUCAAACUUCUGGAGGCGGCCAUGAAGAUCAGCCAGACGUCACCAGACAUCCCAGCGGAGGUGCAGACCACCCUGAGGGAGAAAUUGAGCCAUCAGGCCAAGAUCCAGAGGCAGACCACUGAGCCGACAUCGUCCUCCAGGCACAAUUCAUUCCGGCGCCACCUUCCCCGUCAGAUGAACGUCAACAGCUUCGACUUCAGUAUGGACAUGGUGCCUUUCCGACAGUCGUCCACGGCAAGCAUCGGGAGAAUUAAACCAGAACUCUACAAGCAGAAGUCUGUGGACUCGGAUGGCGAGCCCAGAGAACCCGCCGAUACGUGCGGAAAGCUCAGCUUUUCCUUGCGUUACGACUACGAGGAGCAGGCGCUGGUGGUGAGGAUCCUCAAAGGCGUCGACCUGCCUGCUAAAGACUUUACAGGGACCUCGGAUCCCUACGUGAAGAUCUACCUGCUGCCAGAGAGGAAGAAGAAGUUCCAGACGCGGGUCCACCGCAAAAACCUGAACCCCAUGUUCGACGAGACCUUUUGCUUCCCUGUGGUGUACGACGAGCUCUGCAACCGCAAGCUGCACUUGAGCGUCUAUGACUUCGACCGGUUCACCAGCCAUGACAUGAUCGGCGAGGUGGUGGUGGACAAUCUCUUUGAGCUCUCUGACCUUUCUCGCGAGGCAGUGGUGUGGAAGGACAUUUAUGCCGCAACCACGGAGACCGUUGACUUGGGGGAGAUCAUGUACUCGCUGUGCUACCUCCCCACAGCAGGGAGGAUGACUCUGACGGUCAUCAAAUGCCGCAACCUCAAAGCUAUGGACAUCACAGGCUCUUCAGAUCCAUACGUUAAAGUCCACUUGAUCUGUGACGGACGCAGGCUUAAGAAGCGGAAAACCACCACCAAGAAGAGCACGCUUAACCCCGUGUACAACGAGGCCAUCAUUUUUGACAUUCCCCCGGAAAACGUGGAACAGGUCAGCCUCUCCAUCAUGGUGAUGGAUUACGAUCGGGUCGGACACAACGAGGUGAUCGGAGUCUGUCGCACCGGGCCAGAUGCGGAAGGCCUUGGACGGGAUCACUGGAACGAAAUGUUGGCUUACCCACGGAAGCCCAUCACCCACUGGCACGCCCUGGGAGAGUGGCCUGGAAAGGGGGCAAGCUUCGAGAGUCAAGCGUCAUGUCUGUCACCAAAAACUCCGCAGACGCCGUGACAUAACGCCAAUAAGAAUACAUGAAGUUGAUAGCAGGUUGUAUGCACAUGAAUCCAUCUCAGAAAGGUAUUUCUAUCAACUUUCUGGCUUUUACUUUAACGAAACAUCUUUCAAAGAUCCCAUCCUGAUUUUACAGACACUUUAUUUUCCCACUCUUAACGUUUUACUCUGAAAUGGCACUAGGUGUAUGGGCCAAAAUGCUCUGAGCCAUAAAAGCAUUUAGUGGGUACAAUAUACACACUCACUCACUCUCUCUCUCUCACACUCUCUCUCUCUCUCUCUCUCUCACACUCUCUCUCUCUC